AUGAUCCCUCACAUGUGCAAGUUCUUCCCUCUGGUUCUAGUCGGGGUCGUGGUCUUCGCCGUGAGCGGGAUCGUCGGAGACCCUCUGUUGGAGUGCCUCCAGGACGCCGACUACAGCGAGCUCCUGGACCUGGUGGAUAAAGGCCUCCCCGCCACCAAGACUCCUCGUCAUGUCGCCAUCAUCGGAGGGGGCAUCGCUGGACUGACCGCCGCCAAGCUCUUAGAAGAUGCCGGACACAAGGUGACCAUAAUAGAAGCCAGUAACCGCAUUGGAGGACGAGUGGAGACCUUCAGGAACACCAGGGAGGGCUGGUACGCAGAAGUGGGCGCCAUGAGGAUCCCCAGCUUUCACGAAAUUCUGCUUUCCCUUGCCUCCCAAUUACAAAUUUCCCUAAACCCCUUCAUCGAAGAUGACAAGAACACGUACUACUUUAUCAAUGGAGUGCGACAGAAAACGGGCGCCGUGGGAAACAAUCCAGAUGUGCUCAACUACAGCUUGAAUGAAGCAGAGAGGGGGAAGUCAGCCGCUCAACUCUUCGGCCAGACGCUCUGGCAGGUGCAGGAUGAUCUCAGGGCCAUCGGCUGCAGUGCCUUGAUAGAUAAAUACGAUUCCUACACAGUGAAGGAAUAUCUGGUGAAGGUGGGCAACCUGAGCCGUGGUGCCUUGAGGAUGAUCGGAGACAUCCUGAAUGAAAACAGCCUCUUCUACACGUCGCUGAUAGAGAUGCUGUACAUGCAGUCGGACAUCAGCGACAGCACUGAGUACGUUGAGGUGACGGGUGGAUUUGAUCACCUCCCGAGGGCUUUAUACCAAACGUUAAAUGCCACGACCUUCCUCAACGCCAAGGUCAAGCUGAUCAACCAAACGGGCGGUGGCGGCGUGACGGUCACAUACCAGGACCGGUUCAACUCCAGCUCCCUGACCAACCUGGCGGCGGACUACGCCCUGGUCACGGCUUCGGCCAAGGCAGCCGUCUUCAUCGACUUCCAGCCGCCGCUCUCCGCGGACAAGCUGGAGGCCCUGCGCUCCGUCCAUUACGCCAGCUCCACCAAGGUGAUCCUCAGCUUCAGCGAGCGGUUCUGGGAGACAGAGGGCAUCCGAGGCGGGAAGAGCAUCACGGACCGGCCGGCACGCUUCAUCUUCUACCCGAGCCACGGGUUCCCCGGCACGGCGGCGGGGGCCCUCCUGGCGUCCUACACCUGCUCCGACGACUCCACCCUCUUCCACGGGAUGAGCGAGGACGAGCUGAUGUCCGUGGUCCUGGAGGACCUGGUGAGGAUCCACGGGGAGUACAUCAGGCCUCUGUGGACGGGGGGCCUGGUGAAGAUGUGGGGUUUGGACCCGUACAGUGUGGGGGCCUUCGCUCUGUUCACGCCGUACCAGCAGGGCCAGUACGCCGCAGAGCUGUUCCAGAGCGAGGGACGGGUGCACUUUGCGGGGGAACACACGGCGACGCCGCACGGGUGGAUCGAAACCGCCAUGAAGUCUGCCAUCAGGGCCGCGAGAAACAUCAAUAACCUCCCAGUUUAG